AUGUUUCCAACAUGGUUCAAGUCUAAUUACAACUAUAACAACGUCAUCGCAGACUUUACGGUUCGGGAAGUACUCAUCAACAGUGUGGCCAGCACCGCCUUCGAAGUCAAUGGCGAUCCUAGGCCGGAGAAUGUACCCACCAAAAGUUCUCUCUACAGCUCGACGGAGGUUGGAGGAUUCUUCGAGAGUGCUGUCUGGAAGCUUCUGGUCAUUCGCUGGGUCAAGGAGAAGAUUCGAAAGCCUAUCAAAUAUCCUUCGCAUCAUCACCAUGACCAUAUCUGGGGCAUCAAGGACUAUGUCAAGGCUGGAGCCAAGGUCCUCAUCGUCGAUAUCGCGAGCGACUACUACUCUGCUAUUCCUCGUGACAAGUUUGUGGCCUAUCCCGGUCGCCAGCCCACUCUCUUGGACUUGAUGGCUGCCGAUACCCCGCCAAACACCGCGGGGCACAUUUUGCUCGACCUCCAAAACUUCACCGUGCUCCGAUUCGUGACUCAGGUGGACGAAGACGACGACAAUCCACGCUUCUCCGAACACUAA